AGCGAGAACUAAGAUAAGUUCCGGCACGCCUAACUAGAAGGUGAAAAGCUGAAAAGUAACUGUUCAACGUUCAGUAGAGUUGCAAAUGUCUUCGGUCGUAAAGGUCUACACGCGAAGCUCGAAAUUACCGUAAUAACGAAAUAACGCGUGUGAAAUUAAUUAAGUGAAAUGCUAAAAUCUGCUCCAGUACUAGAGUAUCGAAACUAAAACGAAAAUUGUUAAAAAUAUAAUAUUUUAAAAUUACUAAAAACGAUCCUUAAAAAGUAACGUUACAAAAAUGGUUAUCCACGCAAUGACAGAGGAAAAAGAGCGUAGCAUACUCGACACACCCGAAGGCAUCGGCUUGUCUUUCGAACAGCUCACCUUCGACACUGAGGGAAAUUGCUUACCGCCAGCAUAUUUGCCCACUACACCGCCAAACGAAAAACACCAUGACGAGGAACCAACAGCGGAAGAUCCGCUUAAUCCGGAUUCCAAGCCUAAAGUACGGCGGCGCGUUAUGUUCUUGGAAUUGCCGGUGUUUCUAAUGUUUGUCGCUCUAAUGUUAGGCAGUUCUGUUAUGUUGAAUCAAGAACUUUAUCAAACUUGUGUUGCCGUCUAUAACUACAGUGAGACAGAAUGUGAACCACUGCGCGGUAUUAUACCCAAGACACCCGAGGCUAAGUUAAUCGAGAAUCGUCUACAACCAUAUGUGGCACGAAUUACCAUGACAAAUUCAAUAAUACAUAAUGUAUGGCCGGGACUGCUAGUGUUGUUCGUUGGACCCUGGUCAGAUAAAUUUGGACGUCGACCAAUACUACUGGCGACUUUUGGAGCUUACUUCGUUGGUUACACCAUAUCGGCCAUAUUGGUAUUCUUUUCGAAAGCGCUAUCACUCAAUCCCUGGUUCUAUCUACUGGGUGGCCUACCAUCCACAAUUGUCGGUGGCAAUUGUACAAUGAUGACUAUCGUCUUCUGUUAUGUAUCCGACGUCUCCGAUGUAAGCAGUAAAGCAAAACGCAUGUUCUACAUUGAUAUGGUUAUGGGUGUGGGUGUAGUGACCGGCAAUAUAUUGAGUAGUUAUCUGUUGCGUUACACGAAUGUGGCCACAGUUUGUGCCACAUGUGCGACGUUGGUGUUCAUCGCUUUGAUGUAUAUAAUUAUUUUCAUUGGUGAAAGUUUGGAUGUGAAGAAGACCACAUUGUCGCAUAAGACUAAACACUUCUUUGAUAUGGGUUUAAUCAAGGAUCUCGUUAAGACCUGUGUGGCAAAGCGUCCAAAUUAUGGGCGCGCUAUUAUCGCUUGUACAAUAUCGAUUCUGAUGGUAUCCAAUUUCGUUGUGCAUGGUGAAUAUGGUGUCUUCUACUUGUUCUUGCGCACCAAAUUCAAUGUCACCUUACAACAGUACACCUACUAUAAUGCCACUGUCAUAGCAAUAAAAAUGGCGGGAUGUGCGCUGGCCUUCGCACUGUUUAGAAAGCUCUUCAAACUACCAUUCGCCGCCAUCGCUAUGAUGGGUUUAUUCGGUUGUAUACUAGAUCAUUUAUGUCGCGCUUUGGCGCAAAGUUUCUGGCAAAUGUACAUGGCCUCGUUCUUCGGUCUUAUGUCGGGCAUAACGGGACCCAUGUUACAAGCAAUCGUUGCACUGGCGGUGCCAUCAAGUGAACUUGGUAAAGUUUAUUCGCUGGCAUCAUGUUUCAAGACCCUCUCACCGUUAUUUGCUGCUCCCUUGUACACGUACGUGUACAAUCGUACGCUGACUUUUUAUCCCGGAUUUUUCAAUUUCAUUAGCACAGGCCUCUUUGUGGAGUGCUUCUUGGUUAUGAUCAUGGUAAAUAUUUAUGAGCGACGAGUUGCCGGCCGAAAGGCCAAGGCAGAUGCUGAAAAUGGUGAUUCUGAGAAAGCUCAGACAGAGAAGCCUCAAACAGAGAAACCUCAAACAGAAAAGCCUCCGGCAGAUAUUAAAAAAUAGUAAUACUCUGUUAACUAACGUUAAGUUGUAGAAAAAAAAUAACAAGAAAUGAAUUAGUAAUAAAAAACUACGAAGAAUCAUCGCUAAAUACUUUUAUAAAAUAAAUA